UAAUCCCAAGUAAAGACUGCCAAGCUGUGGACCUUCACACUCAUGGCGUUCCUCUCUACCUUCUUCUCUCGCAUCGCUUCCAAACCCCACCUCCGCCGACCUUUCCGCGCCUCUCUCCCUCCCGGUCCCACCCAACCCCCGCGAUCGGGUGCCUCCGGGGACCGCCUCCUCGCCUGGUCGCGCGGUCUCGUACCAUUCGCCGUCGCCGCCGGCGCUGCCCUCGCUUUCGAUCUCCAUCCUGUUGCCGUCCCCUCCUUCUGCGACCCAGGCAUCGAUCUCCGGGUUGGAGGGAAGGAUAGCACCGAAUUAGUGGUGAAGGGUGCUCGUCGGGAGGCGCCCGAGGAGUUCAUCCAAGAGCUAAAAGAUUUUCUUCAAGAUAACCUGACAGUGGACUAUGAAGAACGGCGUUUUCAUGGGGAGCCGCAGAACAGCUUCCACAGAUCUGUGAAUGUUCCUGAUGUGGUCGUUUUCCCAGGAUCACAGGAUGAUGUACAGAAAAUUGUUGCAGCAUGUAAUAAGUACAAGGUUCCUAUAGUACCAUAUGGAGGAGCUACUUCAAUUGAGGGCCACACUUUAGCCCCACAUGGAGGUGUAUGCAUUGAUAUGUCACUGAUGAAAAAAAUUAAGUCUCUAAAUGUUGAGGACUUGGAUAUAGUUGUUGAGCCAGGGAUUGGAUGGAUUGAACUGAAUGAGUAUUUGAAGCCUUACGGCCUUUUCUUCCCACUUGACCCAGGUCCUGGGGCUACUAUAGGAGGCAUGUGUGCUACUCGUUGCUCUGGCUCUUUAGCUGUAAGGUAUGGAACAAUGCGAGACAAUGUCAUCAAUCUUCAGGUUGUUCUAGCAAAUGGUGAGAUCAUCAAGACUGGUUCACGAGCUCGGAAGAGUGCUGCUGGAUAUGAUUUGACUCGCUUGUUGAUUGGAAGUGAAGGCACUCUAGGUAUAAUUACAGAAGUUACAUUGCGUCUUCAAAGACUUCCUCAGCAUUCAGUGGUAGCUAUGUGCAAUUUUCAAACGAUAAAGGAUGCUGCUGAUGUUGCCAUAGCCACAAUGCUUUCCGGUAUACAGGUCUCAAGGGUGGAGCUCUUGGAUGAGGUUCAAGUAAAGGCAAUUAACAUAGCAAAUGGGAAAAACUUACCUGAAGCUCCCACCUUAAUGUUUGAAUUUAUAGGCACAGAAGCAUAUGCACGGGAGCAGACGUUGAUUGUUCAGAAGAUUGUUUCGGAACAUAAUGGAUCUGAUUUUGUUUAUGUGGAAAAUGCCAUUGAUAAAGAGGAACUCUGGAAGAUAAGAAAGGAGGCGCUUUGGGCUUGCUUUGCAAUGGCACCUAAUAAUUAUGAAGCAAUGACCACGGAUGUCUGUGUUCCUUUAUCAAGGUUGGCAGAAUGUAUAUCAAAAUCUAAGCAAGAGCUUGAUGCAUCAUCACUAUUGUGCACGGUCAUAGCUCACGCAGGUGAUGGAAACUUCCACACAAUUAUUAUGUUUGAUCCAGAACAAGAAGAACAACGGCAAGAAGCAGAGAGACUAAACCAUUUUAUGGUUCACACUGCCUUAUCCCUGGAAGGAACAUGUACAGGAGAGCAUGGUGUUGGUACAGGGAAAAUGAAGUAUCUGGAAAAGGAGCUUGGAAGUGGGGCAUUGAGGACAAUGAAAAGAAUAAAGUCGGUCUUAGAUCCCAACGAUAUCAUGAAUCCAGGGAAGCUUAUUCCUCCUCAUGUCUGCAUCUAGCUUGAAAUUCCUCCUCAUAUUCAGUCCCAAUGAUAUCAUCAUGGCAUUUGUACUUCAUCCAUGAGGAGACAUUCCAGUGUUUGCGCAUUGUCUGCCCAGUUAAGCAAUCAAGAGUCAGUCUGGGUAUGUAAUACGUUUAUUUGGUUGAAGUAAGCAAUCAAAAGACACUUGUUGAAGUUAUCAAAUUAGUUUUCCCAAUUUUGAUGGCAAUGAUCAACAUAUGGCUAAUUCAAUCUCAA